AAAGCAGCGUUACCACCCCGCUCCACAACACCUUUUCUCGAGCUACUUUCACUCUCUCUUUCUCUCUGUCUCUGUCCUUGUCUCUUUCUCGCAUCCUACAUCGGACACCUCUGUACGUGGGCAAGUGUCAGCGUGUUUCAUGAACGUCUGUAUGUGUAGGCUGUUGCGCGUUCAUUGAAGUGAGUGUGUCACUGUCCCCAUACCCAUCACACCCUAGCGCAGUGCUGCAGAAGAGGUUAACGUGUGACCGAGGCUGGAAAAGAAGGGCCGUUUUUAAAGGCAAAGUGCAGCCACCCAGCCAGAAGCGUGUGCGUGUGUGUACGUGUGUGUUUUCUUGUAAAAGCCAAACACCGUAAAGGAAGAAGUACGCCAAAAAAAAAGGUCAGCGUGUGCAGGUGCUUCUAAGUGCGUGAGUGUGAUACGACGGUUGAGUGCGUGUGUGCGUGUGUGUCGAUAAGGAUAAGCCUGAUAACCUCCCUGCCUCUUGGAGCUGCCUCAACCUAGCAGUACCUGCACCACUACUACUACUACUACUACGACUGUGACCGAGCCCGUCUAAAACCCACAGAAAACAGCACAGAAAAUAUGAGUGGAGAACAGCAAGCAGAGUCGGCCCCAGAUGGUCUUGCACCGGGUGCAGCGGCGGGCGGCGAGCCGGGAGCGGAUGGAAUCGUCGGAGGACCACGGACGCCUCAGCAGAUCGCGGCACAGAAGCGACUGCAGCAAACGCAGGCACAGGUCGACGAGGUUGUGGAUAUCAUGAAGACGAACGUCGAGAAGGUGCUGGAAAGAGAUCAGAAGCUGUCGGAACUGGACGAUCGAGCCGAUGCGCUGCAGCAGGGCGCGUCGCAGUUUGAACAGCAGGCCGGCAAACUGAAGAGGAAAUUCUGGCUACAGAAUCUAAAAAUGAUGAUAAUAAUGGGAGUCAUUGGUCUCGUCAUACUCGCGAUUAUUGUAGCGAAAUUCAUGCCUGCCGAUCAACCGCAGCAACCGAUGAUGAUGAUGGGCGGCCAGCCGAUGCAACAGAUACCGAUGCAGCAGAUGCCGGCCGCACCACCGGCCCAACCGGCUGCACCGGCCGCCCUGGUACAGGACGUUUCCGCCCUGCUAACUGGUGGUGGCGCUCAGCUGAUCAAGAACUAAGCGGUGAUCAGGUCGAGAUUCCGGACAGUGCAACAAGAACAACAAAAACCACCAUCAUAACAACACCUGUCGACGCAUGAAUUGGUUGGUCAUAAACAGCAACAACAACAACAGUACGGAAAGAAACAAUGGAAGAAAUGAAGAUCAAACACACGUUAAAACACAUAGAAAGAGAGAAGAAUGGAGGGAAAAGUGAAGAAGAAGCAGAAGAAGAAAAAAGAAUAAGAAGCACCAUUACUAUCCAUGUACUAAAAAGAAAAGAGAAACAAACACAGACACAUACACAUUCACAUUACAUCGUCGUCAUUCGCGUGGAGUUUAAGAACAUGAAACAAAAACCAAACCAACAAACAAAAAAAUACACAAAAGUAGAAACACAAAAAAAGUGAAAACAAACCGGAAUGUACUAAUGACAACAACAACAACAACAAAAACAAAAAAUCGCUAUUGCAUUUAAGUGAGAUACUUCCAGUAUAAGAAGACAAACAAAAACAAACGAAAUAAAUACAACACAUACCGUUAUAAGAAGAAACAGAGCAACAUAGAAAGUAGUUAAAAGACAGAAGAAAAGAAAAAAACAACAGACUUAGAGAGCAAGAGAAAGGGCGAAGGAUAUAAAGCUCAGAAGACAGGAGAGAGAACGAUAGAGAAAAAGAGAGAUAUUAAAGAGAGAAUAAGGAAAAGGGACAAAGACAUCAGCUAUUACUGUGUGUUACCGAUACUUCCUGCACGAGGACCGCCCCUCCUCCCCCCCCGCCACCCAAAAUUCUUCUCGUAUGCGCUUCGAACCCGUUGUUCUAAACGAUCCGUUGCGCAAACGGUGGUCCAGGGUUCGGAAGCUGAGAGUUUCAAAUUGAUGGAAAAUCACUUCGACACAAGAAAGUUCAUCCGCUCCAUCCAGAUUGGAUGCGUGUGUGUGUCUGUGUGCAGGUUGUUUUUGUUUUAUGGGAGCCAUACAGUGGGGGAGCCAUACAAUCGCUGUAUGGGAGCCAUACAAUCGCUGUAUUACAGCUACACUCCCGUGCAGCUACUUUUCUGUUUUUGUGUUGGUGUGUUAUACGUAUACUUGCAAAGGCAAAUGCAAUCUCCUCAGAAAGGUGUUCACGGGUGCGGCGGUGUGCUGAUGAGUGGUUGGUCAUGGUAUAAUGUUUAAAUUAAAUUAACAAAAAAAAAAUGAAAAAAUGAAAGAAAACUUCAUUCAAACAUUUCACAGACACACACACAUACAGAGUCUCACGUUUACACAGCAUAAUGUUACAGGUUGAAGUUUUAGUAAAAUAACACCCACACGUGAAGGGAAAAUAUCGUGGAAAGAGAAGGUAAAAAAGCAAGAGCGAGGAAGCAAGGAUAAAGGAAAACAAUGUAAGCGAAAAGGAGUGUAGCAAACAAAACGAAUCGAGACAAAUUUCCUUACAUUAUUAUUAUGAUUAUUAUUGUUGCAGUUGCAGUCGAUCGUUCGCGCGGUGUAUGUGUAAAGUGGGGGCAGGCAAUGCAGUUGGAGGAGAGGUGGUGUAGUAGGCAAGCACUUCAUUGAACCAUUCCCUCCCCUCCCCCCGACACACCCUUCAUCCUUUCCCUACAUUCCCCCAUCCCCAUUCCAGUAAACAAUGAAGCGAAAGCUGAAGGGACAACAUUCGAAUGAGCGAACAGAAGUAGAAGAAGAAAUGUCUAUACUAAUGCAUUAAACAAAACCAAAAAAAAAAUAGCAACAAGCAACGAAAACAUGAAAAGAGCAUAAACUAUGUCAGCUACUUAAAACACUUAAAUAUUGCAACAAUAAACAGAAUUAUUUCCACGGAACGGAUUCCGAACUUCUCCCGACCAUCUGUAAUCAGUUCAGUUGACUGAGGGUGAGGAAAUCGUGAGGGAAGGAUGAGAGGGGAGGCAGGGAUGGAGAGGGGACGAGCGGAGGAGACUCGUUCGUCACUUCUCCCCCCCCCUUCCCCCCCUUCAUGAAUUGUGGCUUCCAUUCCAUGCGAUCACAUGCGAAAGAACCGUUGUUUUUCCAUUCCGAUCCGAAUUGCAGGAACAGGAACAGAUCGGAUACAAACGGGUAAGGUGUCAUCAUUAUGCUCUAGUUUGCUUGCUUGCGUGUGUAUUUGUUUUUGUUAUAGGAAUUGGUAUUUACAUCCAGUAAAACAGAGGUGAUGAAGGAGGAAUAUUGUUUUGUUGAGUUUGUAAGUUUUUUGAAAGAUUAGAUUGCGUCUAAUCUUAUGGGGAGGAGAUACCUUCUCUGUGGCGCACCUUAGCCCCAAGGAACAAUGUUCAAAUGGAGCAAUGUUGUAAAAUAUUGGGAAACGGAAAGUGACAGUUAAAACGCACCAUUCUUAAGGAAGCAUUUAAACUAGCAAAACCAAAUCGAGAACCCCCUAUUCAAUAUUACUAAGCAUAAGAGAGUUGGAAAGUAAACACGAACAUCACGUCAUUGAAAGUCCAAAAACAAACACGAAAAACGUCAUCAGAAAAAGAGACACCACACCAUGACAAUUUAGGGAGGAAAGGGGAGAAGCGUUCGAAGCAAAUAUAAACUAAACAUAGCGAUUAAUAGUUAAACAAUAUAAACCGAAAACAUACACACACACAAUCGACAACCGAAAAAAAGGAAACAGAAACAGAAACAGACAAACCCUGCAAAGCGGGGAAAAUAGAGGAGAAAAAAAUGAAUAAAACAAGACAAAUAGAAGAGCGUAGCUAAACAUGCUAACGAAGGAUAGGAGAUAACGAGUUGUACGAUGUGUGGUAAAUAGCAAAGCGGGUAAGGAGCAAACACAUUACAAACACACAAAAGACAGCACGAAGAGCACACAACUUAAUUUAGACAGUGAGUUAAUAGAGUAGGUAAAACCGAUUCGAAACCACAAUCAUAACCAAAACUAAGGACAACUAAGAACAGAACACAAAAAGAAGAAAAAAUCCAAAGUAAAAUAAAAACAAAAAUAAAAUAACUUCACUCGCCAAAGGCAACUUACAGCAUAUGCAGAAGGUGAGCGGCUCUUACACGUACUCGCCCACACCGAUUGAAAUAACUCGUCAUUAUCAUCACUCUAAUCGUAUCAUAUAUUGGAGGAACACGGGCGAAGGUGAAUACGGUUGUGUGACAAAAGAAAAAGACCAGCGCACUUCACAUUCGAAGAAACACCUGAAACCCCAAAGCCCCGAACAGAAUCUAUCACAGUGAAAGGAAAACCAGGUUACAAAAAAACAAAAACAUAUACAUAAUAUUGGAAAAGCUACUAAUAAUGAAAUAAUAGCAAAACACAAUUGCAAAUGGAAUGGACAACCCGGAGAAAAAUGAAAAACUGAAACAGAAGAACAAAUUGUGGAAAAAGAGCAAAAUAGGUAACAGAUUACACAGACAACUAGAAAAAUCAAUACAACAACAAUGAGCAAAAACAUACAACCGACAAGUAACAGAAUCCCUCUAGCUCUAGCAUAGCAUUGUUUUAAUUUUUACACUUUCUCCCCCUACUAGAAUAUGUAUAACAAAAGUACCCGACACAUAAGUUAAGCAAAUAUAUAUGCGGCAAAAGGAAAGAAAUUGACAAGAUCAAGAAAAAGAUGGAAAGCAAAUUCAAACCCCCCAUAAACAGCUAGUAAAAGACGGAACGAAACAGAAACAAAAAAUAAGUUUAAACAACAGCAAAAUCACACACAUAUAUAUAAAUACAUUAUACGAGUAUUGAACGAAACAACAGGAAGCAUAAGUGGGAGAAGAAAUAGAGGAUUGACGGAGUCACAAAAUGAUGAAAAUCCAAAAAAAGUGGUAAAAACUAAUAAAAUGGGAAAAUAUAUAAAG